AUGAAAAGUUCUGAGACAAAUUAGGAUAUAGCAUAAUUGCAUAACAUAAAAGCAAUUUUAAGUGCUAGGAAAAGUUCAUUAGGGAUUAAAUCUUAAAUGCCUUAAAAGGAAAGUCGAUAAUUUUCUAAUCAUAUCGAUGGAUUGUAAAGAAAAUCAAUAAAGGUUAAAAACUUGCUUGUUAUAACAGAUGAUUAAGUAAAUUAAUUCAAUAUUGUAAAGAAACUGUUUCAUAAGGUCUAAGAAGGUAUUCAAUCAUAUAGAAGUCCUAAGAACUGUGAAACAAAUUAACAAAAUGAUUUGAAUCAUUUGAAUAAAGGAAAGAAUGGAAAUUCAAGAAUGCUUUCUCCAAAAGAAUAAAAUGAAAUGAUUGAAUAUUUAUAAAGAAAAAAUGAAGAAUUAGUUUAAGAAAAUAAAUAAAAGCAAUAAAUAAUAAAUAGAUUAUUAGGAGCAUAUAAUGGAUCAUAAAAGAUGAAGAAAAUUUAAUCACCUAGAUUAUCUAAAUAAUAAUAGACAACAUUUUAAUAUAUUCCAAAAUCUGCUGAUGCUCGUAAUAAAAUGGAAAAUGAGAUUAGAUUACCUUUAAUAAAAGCAUAAGAACCAAUUUAUGAAUAGAAAAUAGAGAAAUAGAUGGUUUAGAAUGAGAAUCAAAGAAGUGAUUUACAAAAUUAAUAUAACAUGAGUUUUGGGAAAUAAAUAAAUUUAAAUGAGGGAAAAAAAGAAUAAUAGUUAGAAUUAAUACAUAUUUAAAAUAGAUAAAGUAAUCCAAGAGAGAAAUUAUAUUCACAACCAAAUUAACCAUUAAAAAAAAAUCAUUUUUCGAAGGUGUUAUUGAAAUUACCUUAAGAAUUUCAUUUAGAGAAUGAAAACCAAAAAAGUUAACUUUGA